AUGUCUCCAAUCCCCUUCAUCCAACCCAUCCUCGCUGCAACCUUCCACUAUCCCCUCAAACUCUGUGCAACGACCACCUUGACCACCUACAUUCUCUCCCUCGUCACUGGCAAUGUUUCUCAAGUUGACCGCGUCUGGACGUUCUUGCCGACCAUCUACACCGCCUACUGGGCUCUCUUUCCUCUCUGGUCAAGGCAGAACACGGUCGCGACAUGGAUCUUCCCUUAUGUGCCCGCAGAAGUACCUAAUAAUCUUGUAAGAGCGUUCAGUCCGAGAGCAGUGCUGAUGUUUGGGCUGGUGUUCACUUGGAUGUGCAGGCUGUCUUACAAUACUUGGAGACGCGGCUUAUUCAACCUUCAAGACGAGGACUACCGAUGGGCUGUUCUCCGUACCAAAAUCCCAACGUGGCUCUUUCAAUUCUUCAAUCUCACGUUCAUCGCUAUAACACAAAACAUCCUGCUGCUCCUUCUUGGCCUCCCAACCCACCGCGCUCUCAUGAAUCCCACGCCCCUCACCCCGACUGACUAUGCCCUCUCUCUCGUUGCGCUUACCCUCCUCGCCCUUGAAUUCACCGCUGACAACCAGCAGUUCGCGUACCACGCCUUCAAAGCCAGCGAGCCUGGUGCCUACGACACGCGCGCGCAGUGGCCGGGGGCGCGCCUAGGCUGGACGGAGGCGGACAAGAAGAGAGGGUUCGUGACGCGGGGGCUGUGGGCGUGGAGUCGUCAUCCCAACUUCUGGUGCGAGCAGUCGUUCUGGGGCGUGAUCACGCUCUUCCCUCUCCUCUCCUCGCCCACUGCCCCUCUCGCGCUCGCUGAUUUCUCGUCCACUUUGUACGCGCUGGCCCCGCUCGCUCCCGCCCUCGCGCUCUGCGUUUUAUUCGUGUCCUCGACGGGAUUCACCGAGGCUAUCUCGCUCUCGAAGUACCCGGAGGCGUACGGUGCGUACCGGAAGCGCGUUGCGAUGUUCGUACCGUGGGUGACGCCUGUGUGGGGCGCGCUUUUGCGGGCCGUGAGCUCUCCCGAAGAGGUCGAGAGAGUAGAGAGGUUGGUGUGGGGGCAGGUAGACGAGAAGGAGAAGGUGGAGUGA